UUAGGGGAGGGCGUGACCGUGUCAGGACAGGAGAGAAUUACAGCGUUAGGAGAAACGAGACACGUCCCAUAUCUGACAGAAUAUACAGCAUUACACCCCAAACAGGUGAUGUCCCCUACCUGAUAGACACGCUAUACAGCAUUACAGCGUGUGAUGGUUGGAGACCUGAUAGACUACAGCGUUACAGCGGGUGAUGGUUGGAGACCUGAUAGACUACAGCGUUACAGCGGGUGAUGGUUGGAGACCUGAUAGACUACAGCGUUACAGCGGGUGAUGGUUGGAGACCUGAUAGACUACAGUGUUACAGCGGUGAUGUUUGGAGACCUGAUAGACUACAGCGUUACAGCGGGUGAUGGUUGGAGACCUGAUAGACUACAGUAUUACAGCGGGUGAUGGUUGGAGACCUGAUAGACUACAGCGUUACAGCGGGUGAUGGUUGGAGACCUGAUAGACUACAGCGUUACAGCGGGUGAUGGUUGGAGACCUGAUAGACUACAGUAUUACAGCGGGUGAUGGUUGGAGACCUGAUAGACUACAGCGUUACAGCGGGUGACGGUUGGAGACCUGAUAGACUACAGAAUUACAGCGGGUGAUGGAUGGAGACCUGAUAGAUUACAGCGUUACAGCGGGUGAUGGUUGGAGACCUGAUAGACUACAACGUUACAGCGGGUGAUGGUUGGAGACCUGAUAGACUACAGCGUUACAGCGGGUGAUGGUUGGAGACCUGACAGACUGCAGCGUUACAGCGGGUGAUAGACUACAGCUUACAGCGGGUGAUAGAUUACAGCGUUACAGCGGGUGAUGGUUGGAGACCUGAUAGACUACAGCGUUACAGCGGGUGAUGGUUGGAGACCUGAUAGACUACAGUAUUACAGCGGGUGAUGGUUGGAGACCUGAUAGACUACAGUAUUACAGCGGGUGAUGGUUGGAGACCUGACAGACUACAGCAUUACAGCGGGUGAUGGUUGGAGACCUGAUAGACUACAGUAUUACAGCGGGUGAUGGUUGGAGACCUGACAGACUACAGUGUUACAGCGGGUGAUGGUUGGAGACCUGAUAGACUACAGUGUUACAGCGGGUGAUGGUUGGAGACCUGAUAGACUACAGUGUUACAGCGGGUGAUGGUUGGAGACCUGACAGACUACAGCGUUACAGCGGGUGAUGGUUGGAGUAGAGAGAUAUAUCAAUAGAACAACCAGAAGCCUCGUCCUUGACUUGAACCAGCAACCUGGCAGAUACAAGACCAGGAGACCAGUCAACUCACUAGUUUCUACGCCGUAAAGUUGGGGACCUCUUUGACUGUUGUAACGAUGCCGGGAGAAACGCGUGCCACCAUGGACGGGACCUGCCAGGCUCUGUGCAAAACCCUGGUCUCUCAGAACGGGAUCCAGAGAGACACGGCUGACAUCUCCAAGUCUGUCCUCUACACAUCACUGAUGGGGCUGCUACUGGUUGUAGACAAAGAGAAAGAAAAGCUCAAGGUUGGGAGUGGAAGAGUCGGCCUUCGUAACGUAGGAAACACGUGUUUUCUGAAUGCGGUGGUACAGUGUCUAUCUCACACCAGAGGUCUGAGGGACUACUGUCUGGUCAAAGCCUACAGACAGGAGAUGUGCAGUAGAGAGGAACCACAACUCAUGGAGGCGUUCUCCCAGGUACUGUUGGGUCUCUGGGAUGUGAACGAAGAAAACCAUAACACAGAAGUGAAUCCUGGGAAGUUCUACAGCAUCUUCAAAGACGCCGUGCCUUACUUCAGCGGAUACAGUCAACAGGAUGCUCAAGAGUUUCUGAGGUUCUUAUUGGACAGGCUUCACUGUGAGAUCAACCGCCGGCCGUACGUCCGGCUCGCCAGCCUGGAGCCUGAACCCAAAUGCACCACAGUCAGAAUUGACGAGCAGGCGUCUGCAAUGUGGAAGAGACACCUGGAGAGGGACGACAGUAAGAUCGUAGAUCUGUUUACAGGUCAGCUGCGUAGUUCUCUCCACUGCUCUGUGUGUUCUCACUACUCCACCUGCUUCGACGUCUUCUGUGACCUGUCUCUACCCAUCCCUAAGAGGAGUGCGGCAGGGGGCGGGUCUCUGAGGGAGUGUCUUGAUCUGUUCACACAGGAAGAGAACCUGGACGAGGAGAACGCACCCAUGUGCGAGCGUUGUAACAGACGUACGGAGAGCACCAAGAGACUGACCAUCCAGAGAUUCCCACAGGUCAUCGUCAUGCAUCUGAACCGGUUUGCCAUGUCGCGGUAUAUGGUGUGUAAGAGUACAGUGUGUGUCUCCUUCCCUCUGACGAGCCUGGAUAUGGGGCCCUACGGACCGGUCGACUGUGGUCCUGUGCUGUAUGAUCUUUAUGCAGUGUGUAACCACAGCGGGACAGUCAACAUGGGUCACUACACAGCCUGUUGCCUGGAGAACGACGGAUCGGGAUGGUGCUGCUACAACGAUUCCUGUGUGACUCCUAUAUCAGAGAACCAACUGCAGUCUGCUCAGGCCUACGUCCUCUUCUAUCAACGCAGGAAGUGAACCAUCGUGCAGCCAAUCACUACAGCUGUGCAAGCAGAGCAUUCAAGAGCCAAUCAGAAAAAAACUGUUACUACAAGCAGAGCUUUCAGCAGCCAAUACAGCUGUUACUACAAAUGGAAUAUUACAAACAGCUGUGAUGUAGCGGUAUUGUAACCAAGCAACCAGCAUCUCAACCAACUGGUCUGAUGUUGGACCACUUGAGGUUUGUGUGAGUCUGGGACAAAGACAGGAGAAACGGCAUAGAAAGACAGGAGAUAGAUGGCUUGGGUGAGGAGAGGAGAAAGAGAGAAGACCAGUGUCAGAGUGUUCCUUGCUAGCUCAGCAUGACAGCAGAAACGGGAUAGAAAGACAGGAGAAAGGGAUAGACGGCUUGGGUGAGGAGAGGAGAAAGAGAGAGACCAGUGUAGGAGUGUUCCUAGCUAGCUCAGCAUGACAGGAGAAAUGGGAUAGAAAGACAGGAGAAAGGGAUAGACGGCUUGGGUGAGGAGAGGAGAAAGAGAGAGACCAGUGUAGGAGUGUUCCUAGCUAGCUCAGCUAGGAGCAUGUGUGUGUAGACCUUCAGUUCAAACAGACAGAGAUUCUGUUAUCACUGUACACACACACACACACACACACACACACACACACACACACACACACACACACACACACACAC